CUUUGGGAAUCUUCCUUUCCAGUUCAACCCUUUUGACAGGGUAUUGCUACCUUCCUCUCACACCAUCGCCACUACCAACCACCCUCACCCCCACAACGCCAUGGCAUUCUAACUAAUUAUUAAAUACAACCAAAAAAAAAAAGCUUUUUUUUUGUUCUAGUUGUCGCUUUUGGAGCUGGAUCCCCUUGAAUUCUUCACUUGACAUGUUUUUGUUUGUGGGUUUGCUCGAUCGUUUCAAAGGGGUCCGGCUUGUGUAUGCUGACAAGCAUUGUUGAUACCACGAAUCAUUGCCUUUUAGUUGCUUGUGUUAUUCCUUUCGUUUGGUUAAUUGGGAUGUGGAGAGAUCCGGGAGUUUCAGCUGAUUCUUUCUAUGAAAUUCGCCCUGAAUGCACCGAUGUUCCCACUUCUCGAUUUAAGAUCAAGGCUGGUAAAACACUAAGUGCAAGAAAAUGGCAUAACGCGUUUACUGCAGAAGGAUAUCUAGAUAUAGGCAAGACUCUAAGCCGAAUCUACCGUGGGGGAGUCCAUCCAUCAAUUAGGGGAGAAGUUUGGGAAUUUCUACUUGGUUGCUUUGAUCCCAAGAGUACAUUUGAGGAAAGAGAUCAGAUAAGACAACGCCGAAGAAUGCAAUAUGCUACAUGGAAAGAAGAAUGCCGCCAAUUGUUUCCUCUUAUUGGAAGUGGUAGAUUUGUCACAGCACCUGUUAUUACUGAAGAUGGUCAACCAACUCAUGAUCCGUUGGUUCUGAAAGAAAUAAAUCCAGCAAAGGAAUUGGCUGUACUUCCACUAGAUAAUAAUAGUCCUUCUAGAACAGAUGCUGCAAAUAAUUUAGAAAAGGUGACAGACAAGAUAGUAAUCCAAUGGAUGUUAACUCUCCAUCAAAUAGGUCUUGAUGUGGUUCGCACUGAUAGGACAUUGGUUUUUUAUGAGAAGCAAGAAAACUUGUCGAAACUAUGGGAUAUUCUUGCUGUUUAUGCUUGGAUUGAUAAAGACGUUGGCUAUGGUCAAGGAAUGUGUGACCUGUGCUCACCUAUGAUAAUUCUUCUUGAUGAUGAAGCAGAUGCAUUUUGGUGCUUUGAGCGUUUGAUGCGCAGACUUCGAGGCAAUUUCAGAUGCACAGAGAAAUCUGUUGGAGUGGAGGCUCAACUAAGUACUUUGGCUUCAGUUACUCAAAUAAUUGAUCCUAAACUACAUAAACAUUUAGAGCAUCUUGGUGGAGGUGACUAUCUAUUUGCUUUUCGAAUGCUAAUGGUUUUGUUUCGUCGAGAAUUCUCCUUUUGUGAUUCAUUGUACCUUUGGGAGAUGAUGUGGGCUCUAGAAUAUGAUCCUGACUUGUUCUUGAUGUAUGAAGAAUCUCAAUUAUCUUUUGAAAAAGCUAAGGGCUCUAAAGGAAAAACAAAGUCAAUACGUCAAUGUGGAAAGUAUGAGAGAGAAAAUUUGAAAAGUGGAGCAAAGAAUGCGGAAUCGCCUCUUCCUAUAUCUGUUUUCCUUGUUGCUAGUGUAUUGAAAGAUAAAAGUGCAAAACUACUCCAUGAAGCACGAGGUUUGGAUGAUGUUGUCAAGAUUUUGAAUGACAUAACUGGAAAUCUAGAUGCCAAAAAAGCUUGCAGUGGGGCUAUGAAACUUCACAAGAAAUAUUUGAAAAAGGCCAAGAAACCCUAGCUCCAAAUACGUACAAGACAAUAAUCAACUUCAUUAUUGUCUCCGAGGGAUGCAACACAUUACUUGAUCAACCAUCAAAAUACCCGAGCAACUGUUGUAUGUGAAACCAAUUUAAUUUUUUUCUUGUGUAUUCGAAAAAGUAAGAUUGUAUAUGAAAAUAGGAUUGUUGUGUACAAACCAUCUAUUUGUACCUAAAUUUUUUCAUGUUGUUGUAACAUCCACGUGUACUCGUUAUUGCACAAAGGAAACAAGGUACAGAAAACAGCUAUUCGAUUUGGAGCCAAUGAAAUUGAUUUUGAUAUUCAUUUCUUGCUUCAAA